GCUGGCCCCCUACCUAGACUCCCCCGCUCUCCCCCUUUAUUUUUGCGAGAUCUUUUCUAUGUUUCGUAUUUCUUCGGCUAAUUUUGAGAUUUUUUUUUGGGAAAUUUAUUAAGCAUUCUGUCAGCCGGUGAAUAGAAGAAAAAUUCAGGCCGGCGGCGACUUCUACGAUGACAGAGUUUCUGGCAAAUGAGUUGACUCGGUUGAACUCCGACGCAUCUUCUUUGACUGCUGAGAAUUCGGAAGAUAUUGUGCAUCAAUCACCGGAUAACCCUACAACAUGGACAAAUGAGAAGCACAAUUUGUAUCUUGAUCAUUUGGAAGUGUCAUUUGUUAGACAGUUGCAACAAUCAAUGGGUUUGCUUGCAUCAUGCUCCGAGCUGAACAAGAGUGAGAAACAUCUAUCUCAAAAACGGCAUGCUGAUGUCCGUAUUUCUUCUCAUCAGUUAACUGUUUUACUGGAUGGCUGUUGGCAAAAGAUCAACUAUGGAAGGGGUCAACCUUUCUUGUCUACUUCAGCUGAUGCUAGUGAUGCUCUUAAGUGUCCACGGGUACAAUGGUUUGGACGUACGUGUCCCCCUGCAUCAGCUGCUUCGCAAGAAUGUCUGGUACUCUGUAGUACAGAGAAACACAUAGCUGUGGAAGGGAUCAGAUCUCAGGGAUUGAGAACAUGUCCACACCAAAUUCCAGCUAGUAACCUAUAUACUGAGUAUACGGGUCAGAAUUUUGCGGAUGGAGACGGUCAAAAUAACUCAAACAAUGAGUCUCGGGCCAAAAGGUUGAAGACAGCUUUAGCAGAUAAUUCAAACCAUGAUCAAGUAAUGUAUAGAAUUUAUUUUCUUUCGGCAACUGUCAUAUGUUUACUAGAUUAUUAUGCAUUGUGUUUCUGUGAAGAUAUCAUCUUGAUUCCUGCAUGUGCUCUUUCAGAUAGUGCCAUCUUGGAAAUGUCCUAUGACAUAGAAUUCCGCUAUUGAUGGAGGAGAACCUGGACUUCGCAUAUCUGAAAACUUUGAGAGCUUUGUUUAUCCUCUAACAUGAUUUAAUUUCAAAUAUCUUGCUUCAUGUACAUCAAAUUUUGCAUCAAGUUUGACACACUGUCUUGUGUCGAUUCGUGAUCAAAUAUAUGUAUAAUAUUUAUUGGCAA